CCAAUGAGAUUAAACCAGGAAGUUAUCGCGCGAUAUAUAACGAAAACACUUGUUUUUUUUUCUUUCAACAAUCACUACAUGUUAUUUACCGAGUGUACUUUAACAUUUCAGUGGUUUUAUCAACACAUGUUUACCAAGAUAUGUUACAUCUCAACGCUUGGUAGUUAAUUAUUUCUGUCGACAUGGGCAAAGUUCACGUAGCAACAUGGAGGUAAAAGACGUGGAGAAGUGUUGCUGUGUCGUUACCUUAACGGACGCUUUAUCCACCAAAGCGCCGGUAAGUUUUAGUGGAGUCCUCGUCCGUCCCGGUGCGGUGAUAUGCACCGGCUUCCCCUUUUUUCGUUUCGUUACCCACAAAAAGCCCUCUGCGAGGUGCCUCUUACGUCACAACUUCCGGGAUGCGCUUCAAAUUAGCGUCACGUUUCCUUCCUGUCGUCACGUGGAGGCUAACCCAUGCGUAAUGACCCACGAGUGUCCACCUGGCAGGAACACAACAACAACAACAACAACACGUCAGUGGGAGGCAGAGCUGCUAAUGCUGGUCAACUGCGUGGAGUUCAAACAGGCUUUCCAGGCAGUUUUCCAGGAGGCUGACGGAUGGCGUUUCCAUGGCGACGAGGAUGAGGAGCUGAUCGGAGAUGCUGACCACCUGAGCUGGUUCGCUGUGCUCAAGACGGCGGAACACCUGAAGCCAGGUGCCCCCUGGGAGAAGAGCUCGGCCCUUCGGAAAGGCGUCCCGGUCUUGGCGUGCGGGUCGCCUUUCGGAUCCCUCUGCGUGGACCUCUUCAUCAGCACCAUCAGCGGAGGCAUCAUCAGCAACCUGGCGGGGGAGGACAACGCCGUCAUCCUCACGGACGCCCGCUGCGUGCCGGGCACAGAAGGCGGGGGGUUGUUUGCGCUGGAAGACUCCGGCGGCGUGCGACUCGUCGGGGUGAUCGUGUCGCCGUUUGGAUGGAAGGCCAACGAGUGGAUCGGCCUCACGCUGGUCUGCUCGGUGCAGUCGAUCUUCAGGAACGUUCUCCGAUGCGCCAACGCUGAAGAUCCACUCCGGGAUGUCUGCCUUCAUCCCGCAGAGGUCAUCCCUGCUCCGGACUCCAUGGCUGGUCCGUACCCGGUCGUGGGGUUGGUGGACAGUGGGCAGCAGUGGGGCUCGGGGGUGCUUGUGACCUCUGACCUGGUUCUAACCUGCCGACACGUAGUCAAGGGGAAGUCCACGGUCGCUAUGAAGUUCCACCACAGGGACAGAGUCCUUGAUAGUGUCGGUGAUGUCAUCUUUUCCACUAAAACGUCGUCACCCUACGAUGUCGCCGUGGUCCAGUUGAGACAACCCUUCCCAGACUUUCGAGUCCCUCGAACGGCUCAGAAGUUCCACCCAGGCGAGCGCCUCCUGGUGGUGGGUUACGGCGGGCUGGGCGGCAGGUGCGGUCCAUCCUUGACGUGCGGCGUCCUCUCCAAGGCCAUCAGCGUCAACCGUCGGCCUGUCAUGCUUCAGACCACGUGUGCAGUACAGGCAGGGGCCAGCGGGGGCGCUGUGGUGCGGGCAUCGUCUGGAGAGCUGCUGGGCAUGGUGGCGAGCAACACGAGAGACAUGACCGCCAAAGUCACCUACCCACACCUCAACUUCUGCAUCCCGGUCACCGUGCUGCAAGGACCCUUACGCCGAUUUCAUCAGCGGAGGGACGUGACGGCGUUUGAAGCGUUGGACACCACCGAGGAAGAAGUCAGAAGGGUGUGGAGGCUACAAGACGCACACAGUAAACUGUAGGUGGCGCUAUGCUGGAGAGAAAAAGGUUGCUGCAAAUGAUUGGUCCCAUUGGGCAGCUUGACGGCGGCUUUGAGAUACACGGACAUCUGUUAGGUGGCGUACUCCACUCAUUCAUCGCUAACACGUUCACACAAACCUUUUAUGUUUAACGUUUAAAUACAAAACUCAAAACCAGAGAAGUUGCCACUUUGUGUAAAUGGUAAAUAAAAACAGAAUACAAUGAUUUGCAAAUCCUUUUCAACCUUGAGACCUCCAAAUAUGCCUACCUCUUUAGGACCACCCUCUCUAGAUAUAUAAAGCCUUGCAUUUACAACAUUAAUAAUAUACAUACUAUGUAAAUAUAAAAAAGGUAAGCUUUUAGUUAAUUUAUUUUUUAAAUUUUUUGUUUGUAAUUAAUUUUUAAUCUUCAUUAUUUACUUCAAGUUAUUACACUAUGUCUCUAUAUACAUAUUUAUUAGAGAUGUCCGAUAAUGGC